UAUCUGUGGAUCUGUCGUGGCUAUACUGACGUGUCUGCCUGCGACGAUUUUGAUUUCCGAUUUCUUAUAAAAAAGACAAAACUAAUUGUUUUGAGAAAAAGACUAAGAACAAUUAACAACCAUGGAUUUCUUCACAUCAAUCCCAACUCACAUUGACUACGUCGGGCAAGCAAAGGCAGAGAAAUUAUACAGAGCCAUCAUAACACUGUUCAGCAUCGUAGGAUUUGUUUGGGGGUAUAUAGUUCAGCAGUUCUCUCAAUCAGUGUAUAUCCUGGGAGCCGGUUUCCUGCUGGCUGCCAUCUUGACCGUGCCCCCGUGGCCCAUGUACCGCCGAAACCCUCUGAACUGGCAGAAUCCAAGAAACCCGGAAGAAAAACCCGCAGGCAAGAAAGGAAAGAAAUGAUCUUGGUUUGGUUUUCUAAUGUGAAAUAAAUAGAUUUUAAGAUCCAA